AUUAAGCCUCUGGGUAAAAAUGUAAAGGAUUUACAAAAAAAAACUGAGACCUAUGACAGUGAAAACGUGUUUAAUCAUCCCUUAUUAUAGCAGAGAGGAUCUGUAUCAGCAGUCAUGGAUGCGAGUCUGUUUGUGCUGCUUCUGCUGUCAGGGCUCUUCUGGAGUUCUGCUCUUUGUCGUCCAUACUACUAUAUAAAUGCGAGAAUGUCGUGGCCAGAGGCUCAGAGUUACUGCAGAUCGAAGUACACUGAUCUGGCUACUUUAGACAACAUGGGUGAUGUGAACAGGCUAAUAAGUAUAGUGGAUGCUGGAUACAGUGGAUCAGUGUGGAUUGGACUGAAGAAGGCAACACAGAAACGCUGGGGUUGGUCUAAUGGAGAAAACACAACUUCUGAGUACUAUAACUGGGCUUCAGGACAGCCAAAUGAGGGUGAAUAUUGUGUAUCAACCUAUUCCGGAUUAUGGCAUGAUAUGCCAUGCUACAAUUUACGAUAUUUUACAUGUUACACUGGAAAUAAUACAUACCUAAUAAAAUCUGCUAAAACCUGGAGUGAUGCUCAGAGCUACUGCAGACAGUAUUACACAGAUCUGCCCACCAUCCACAACUCUGUGGAAAAUGACAAGAUAACUAAGAUUAUUCUAUCUGGAUGGUACAUCUGGAUUGGUCUGUUCCUGGACUCUUGGGAAUGGUCUGAUAAAUUUAUCAACUUCUUCAGACACUGGGCACCAGGUCAACCAUCUGAGAGUGGUCAACCAUCAGAAUCUGGUGACUGUGUUGGCAUGUCAAGAACCAAUUCUGGCAGAUGGGCUCAAUACAGAUGUGAUCUACAGAGUCCUUUUAUCUGCCAUGGAUGGCCUAGGGCUUCUGUACCUGUGUACCACUUUGUGAACCAAAGUAUGACACGGGCAGAUGCUGUGAGAUACUGCAGAGCAAGAUUCACUGAAAUGGCUGCUGUUAUAACCAUGUAUGAUGUGAGAAGGCUGGUAAACACAGUGGAUUCUGGAUACAGUGGUUCAGUAUGGAUAGGUCUCAAUGCAGUGGGAGUGAAACGCUGGAUCUGGUCUAUAGGAGACAGCGCAAUCUCCCAGGACGGUAUGUGGGGUCCAGGAGAACCAAAUGGUGAUGGCGAGUGUGUGAGGAGUUUUAAUGGCAGCUGGUAUGAUGAGAGCUGCAGCAGCGUUCUCCCAUUUGUGUGUUUCAAUGACAGCGCUGGUUUUGUAGUUACUGAGACUGCUAUGACGUGGAGAGAUGCUCAGAGUUACUGCAGACAACACCACACCGAUUUGGCGAGUAUCAGCAGCCCAGAGCAGCUGAAUCUGAUCCGUAAUGAAUCAUCACUCUGGAUUGGUCUGUUUCUGGACUCUUUUGGAUGGUCUAAUCAAUGGAACCACUUCUUUAGAUACUGGGCAGCGAAUCAACCAUCCAUGAUUUCAGGAUCUGCUGCCUGUGUUGGCAUGUCAACAACCGAUUCUGGGAAAUGGGCUCAAUACAGCUGUGAUGUACGGCAGCCUUUUAUCUGCUAUGGAGAUGACAAAUUGAUUAAAAAGCAGGUCGUCAGAGUGAAAUUGUCAUGUAAUGGAAAAUGCGCACUGAAUGAUCCUGCACUACAGGCGGCCAUUCUGAAUGGGAUAAGUAAAAAACUGCAGAGCAUGGGGCUGGAAAGUGACAAAAAAAUUUUCUGGAGAAAGGGGGAAGGUGGAGAGGUGUUUCAUCAGGAGAAAAAACCUAGACCGAGUUCAAAUAAUGCAUGUCGUAAGCAGUAA